AUGGCAUGCACCAGCAACUACACUGCUCCGUAUGAGUCCACCCUCUUCCCCAUUAUCUAUGGACUGGUCUUUAUCUUUGGAUUGAUUGGUAACUUGGCGGCAACAGGCAUAAUAUACCAACAUGUGAAGCGGAAUAAUGUGCUGGGGGUGUAUCUGGCCAAUCUGUGCGCCUCCGACCUGGUGUACAUCUUCACCUUGCCGGUAUGGAUUGCCUACACUGCCAAAGAAGAUUGGCUCUUUGGGGCAGUCAGCUGUAAGAUUGUGGGCUUUUUCUUUAAUGCCAAUCUCUAUACCACCAUCGCUUUCCUCAGCUGUAUCGCCGCAGACCGCUUUGUAGCAACCGUGUUUCCAUUCAGGGCCAGAGCAUUACGGACUAUGAAGGGCGCCUUAAUAAUCUGUGUGGUGGUUUGGCUGAUCAUCUUGGGAACCCAUUCGGUUUUCCUCGGUCGAAAUGAACUCUUCAAUUCCAGUCACAAUAUCAAGCUUUGUUACGAGAAAUAUCCAAUGGAGAAGUGGAUGGCUCGGGUCAACUAUUUCCGCAUCUUCGUUGUUUUUCUCAUCCCUUUGGUGAUUCUGGUGGUCUCCUACUGCUCUGUUGUCAGAGUGGUUCACCAGAGUCACAGCUUGGAGAAAGAACAGAAGCGUAAGAUCAUUGGCCUCCUCCUAACCAUGACCGCCAUAUUUGUCAUCUGCUACCUCCCAUAUCACAUUGUGCUUUUCUUCCGCUCCUAUAUCAGCGAGUACAGUCUUACACCCUGCGCUAUAGAGGAUAAAAUCCGCCCAGCUUAUCGAAUCACAUUCACCUUCACCAGCCUUAGCAGCGCGCUAGACCCUUUCAUCAAUAUAUUUGUCAGUGAAAGUAUUAAGCAAGACUUGUUGAAGGAGGUCAGAGCUGUGUGGACUGGAUUCCGAUCCAUACGUCAUGUACGAACCUCUUUCAGGCAGUCUUCAAGGGCUGUUGUCAGCGAUACAGAAGUCCAUCACGUAGAGAAUCACCAUCUCCUGAUAGAAAAGAAGGAAGAGACGCCACUUUGAU